ACCAGACAUGGGAGACAUUGAUCCAUCUUUCAUACAAUCCACAGAACACCGUCCCAAAUUAUCUACCUUUGUAGAAAUUGAUCAUGAAAUUCCAAUCAUUGACCUCUUAGAAAAAAGUCAACAAAACCUCAUCUCAAAGAUUGGCAAAGCAUGUGAAGAAUGGGGAUUCUAUCAAGUAAUCAAUCAUGGAGUUCCUUCUGAGGUUAGCACAAAGGUUGAGAUUGAAGCCAAGAAGUUUUUUGAGCAAUAAAGCUUAGAGGAAAAGAAGAAAGUGAAAAGAGAUGAAGUUAAUGCUAUGGGAUAUCAUGAUGCUGAGCAUACUAAGAAUAUAAGGGAUUGGAAAGAGGUUUUUGAUUAUCUUGUUGAGAAUACUACACAAGUUCCUUUUUCUCAUGAGCCACAUGACUUGGAACUAAGGACUCUCACUAAUCAAUGGCCACAACACAAUACCCUAAUCAUUUUAGAUAAUAUUUUUCUUAGGGAAACAAUGGAGGAGUAUGCUAAAGAAAUGGAAAAGCUAGCAUACAAGUUAUUGGAGUUGAUUUCAUUAAGUUUAGGCCUAACUGGUAAAAAAUUCCAUGACUGCUUCAAGAAUCAACUAAGCAUGGUGAGGCUCAAUCAUUAUCCUCCAAGACUUGGUGUUGGCCGCCACAAGGAUUCUAGUGCCUUAACUGUCCUUGCACAAAGUGAUAUUGAAGGCUUACAAGUUAAGAGAAAAUCAGUUGGUGAUUGGAUUCCUGUUAAGCCUACUCCUGGUGCAUUUAUCAUCAAUGUGGGUGACAUUGUUCAGGUUUGGAGCAAUGACAAGUAUGAGAGUGUGGAACACAGGGCGGUAGCAAACACAAAGAGAGAAAGAUUUUCAAUUCCAUUAUUCUUUUUUCCAGGUGAUCUUGAUGAACAAAGAGAAGUCUUCGUGUUGACCAAAAAGAAGUCUUCGUGGGCUGCUUCACAAUUGGAUCUUGCUCCACGGUCCGAGAGAGGAUUUCCUCAACGAUUGGGUGUUUUAGGUCCAAUCCAGAACAAUAGGGAAGAAGAGUGCUUUGAGAGAAAUAAAAAUUAAUUUUUAUAGGUUUCUUUCGUUAAAAAGAAAAAAACAAAAGUAUAGUCCACCAAUUUAAAUGAUCAUUUAUUUUUCUUCGCAUUACAAAA